CGACCAGUUCACCUAAGUGAGGAGAGGCGAGGCGAGUUGCGCUGAGCCGCCGGUACCGUCAGAACAAAAGUAUUCAUCUGGUUCAGAUAAAAAAGAAACUAGAGGAAGAAAAACACUCAGAGGACAAAGAACCACCGGGAGCCGUCUGACAGCGUCUGUCUCCGUUGUUUCUGCCGUUUUUCCCGGUGCUAACAACUCUCCGGUAAGCUAACAGCUAACAGUUCGCCUGCUAGCUUGAAUGAGAGCGUUACCAUGGUGACGCUCCGCGGAAGAGGCAGCGGGCCGCCGCAGCAGCAGAGGCCGGCCAGGAGCUCCCAGUCCCCGGCACGGGCUCCACCAGACACCCGGAGCAGGAGCACCGUCAUCCGGCCGGAGAAACCUGAGCUGUCCGCUGGAUUAAACGAUGAAGAUGACGAACAGAAUCAUAUCGACACAGAAACACACGAGGAUGAAGAUGUGAAACCAGCGAGAGCCGUCGUCAGGAAAUCUGCAAGGCUUCAAAACCCUCCAGGUGGCAGGACGGGCUGGACCGGAGGGCUGAGGAGAAGCAGCCGGCCCACCAAGCAGACCAGCCGGUACCAGGCCUCCAACAUGUUCGACGGCAUCAGCGCCAACGCGACCCGAUCGGUCCUGAAGAACAUGGACAGCGUGAAGAAGAGGAGGCGGCUUAGCAACAUCAAAGAAGAAAAGAUCUACUCUAAAGCCCAGAGGAGAAGAACACCGGCGCUGCAGAGAGAGCUGAGUGACAGCGAGGAAGACAACGGUGGAGACGACGAGGACAGCAGCCAGGACAUGGCGGCAGAUGAGGACAGCAACUUCAGCGUUAACCACAACUUCAACGCCAAACUGAGCCGAGCCUCGUCGUUGUACCAGGGACCAAGCAACGAGUUCCUGAGAGGAACGUUGAGGAUCAGCGCUUCGGGUCCAAACACGCCCCUCAGAGGAGCCUUCAGACCCACGAAGAGCGCCUGGACGAGUCAUUCUGAUGAAGACAACGACUCCGAUGAUGAAGUGCAAAAUGUUGACAACGUCUCUCAGAGCUGUCGUCCACUCGGUGAUCUUCUGGGGACUUGCAGAGAGAAGAUGAACGCAGGAGCAGGACUGGCGGACAUCGAUCCGAUGGCCAUCGACCAGUCAGUGGGCUUUGACAGCAUCGGAGGUUUGUGGGGUCACAUCUCAGCUCUGAAGGAGAUGGUCGUCUUCCCGCUUCUCUACCCCGAAGUCUUUGACAACUUCAAGAUCCAGCCGCCCAGAGGUUGUCUGUUUUACGGUCCUCCUGGGACGGGGAAGACGCUGGUCGCCCGAGCGUUGGCCAACGAGUGCAGCACCGGCAACAGGAAGGUGGCGUUCUUCAUGAGGAAGGGAGCCGACUGCCUCAGCAAGUGGGUGGGCGAGUCGGAGCGCCAGCUGAGGCUUCUGUUCGAGCAGGCGUUUCAGAUGCGUCCGUCCAUCAUCUUCUUUGACGAGAUCGACGGUCUGGCUCCGGUCCGAUCCAGCAGGCAGGACCAGAUCCACAGCUCCAUCGUGUCGACGCUCCUGGCUCUGAUGGACGGGUUGGACAGCCGAGGCGAGGUCGUGGUGAUCGGAGCGACGAACCGGCUGGACUCCAUCGACCCAGCGCUGCGACGGCCCGGACGCUUCGACAGGGAGUUCCUCUUCGGUCUGCCGGACAGAGAGUCUCGUAAAGAGAUUCUGACAAUCCACACCCGGCAGUGGAAACCUCCUCCGUCCGAAGACUUCCUGGAGGAACUGGCUGAGAAAUGUGUCGGUUACUGCGGCGCUGACAUCCGGGCGGUGUGCACCGAGGCGGCGCUCUGCGCUCUGCGGCGCCACUACCCGCAGAUCUACGGCACCUCCCAGAAGCUCCUGCUGGACGUCUCCUCCAUCGCCGUCAGCAGCUGCGACUUCCUGGCGGCCAUGAGGAAGAUGUCGCCAGCCGCUCGCCGCCUCAACGCCUCACCCGCCAAACCUCUGUCAGCUGUGGUUCAUCCACUGCUGGGCGCCACCCUGCGACACAUCCUGGAGGCUCUGCAGAGGCUGUUCCCUCACGCCGAGCAGGGGAUGAAGAGGAAGAGGGAGCCAGAUCUGACCUCCGGUAUCCUUGACGACGGCCUGAUGAGUGGAGGCGACGAGGUCUCAAGCUCGUCCAGCAUCUCGGCACCCUCCACCUCCAGGAGUGGAAACUUCCUGCACUUUGCCAGGAGUGCCGUCAAACAGCCGACGUCCCACCGUCCCCGGAUGCUUCUGGCGGGUCGUCCCGGUGCCGGUCAGACGUCUCAUCUGGCGCCGGCGGUUCUUCACGCUCUGGAGCGUUUCACCGUCCACAGCCUGGACUCUGCCGUGCUGUUCGGGGUCAGCAGCACCUCCCCAGAGGAGGCCUGCGCCCAGGUGUUCUGCGAGGCCAAGCGGACGUCUCCCAGCAUCCUCUACAUCCCCCACAUCCAGCAGUGGUGGGAGACUGCAGGAGCCUCGCUGAGAGCCUCCUUCUUCAGCCUGCUGGGCAGCAUCCCCUCCUUCUCCCCCAUCCUCCUCCUCGCCACCUGCAGCGUCCCCCAUCAGCAGCUGGACCCAGAGAUUCAGUCUCUGUUUCGGGAGGAGUACGGGGAGGUUUACACCAUCAGCGUCUUCACCCGGCAGGAGAGAACCGACUUCUUCCAGGACCUCAUUCUGAACCAGGCGGCUGAGGCUCCACCCUCCAAGAAACCCACAUUGACUGAGGCCAUGGAGAUCCUCCCCCUGGCUCCCCUGCCUCCCCCCCGCCAGCUGUCAGAGCGGGAGCAGCUCCGUCUGCAGGAGCAGGAGGAGGACGUGCUGCGAGAGCUCCGCCUCUUCCUGCGUAACGUCACCGAGCGUUUGAGUCUGGACCGCCGCUUCAAGGCCUUCACGGAGCCGGUCGACAUGGAGGAGGUCCCCGACUACCUGCUGGUGGUCAAGAGGCCGAUGGACCUCUCCACGCUGCUGACCAACAUCGACGAGCACAAGUACGAGACGGUCGGAGAGUUCAUGUCGGACGCAGACCUCAUCUGGCAGAACGCCCUCAAGUACAACCUGGACAGAGACCCCGCGGAGCGUCACAUUCGUCACCGUGCGUGCGCUCUGAAGGACACGGUGCGCGCCAUCAUCAGAGACGAGCUGGACGAAGACUUCGAGAGAGUCUGCGAGGAGAUCAAGGCGUCUCGUGUCAGGAGAGCUUCAUCCUGGGUGAUGGACGGGAACUCAGACGAGGCCGACGGCGUCUGCAGCUCAGCUCUCAGCAGAAACAGUCCUCCAGCUCGCAAGCAAAAACGCUACAAACGGCAGAGAAAGUCCAAGUGGAGCACCGGCGUCAUCAAGAAACCCAAGAAGAAGAAGGCGCCGUCACCCCCCUCGUCUUCCUCCUCCUCCUCCUCCUCGUCCAGCAGGGAGAACUCUGAAGCCGGCCCGGAGGAGAACGGAGUUGUCGAGAUGAGAGCGCUGAACGGCUCCGCUGACCCGAGUUCAUCCAGCACGUCAGAGAGCAGCGACUGGGAGCAGAACCACCUGACAGCCACCGUCAACGGGUAUCAUCACCACUUAAACAGCGUUACAGGUAUCCAAAAUGGAGGCCUGGUGAACGGGUACCACCAUCCAGAGCCAAUGGACCUUCAACAAGCUAACGGUGUCCCCAGAGUGAGGCUGAACCUCAGGAGUCAGACCUCAAACCCUCCCCCGCCCCUGAAGAGGACGGUGAACGGGGUCUGUUUGAGUAAAACAGGACAAAGUGACAGGACUGAGACGAGAGCCAACAGGGCGACAGAGGAGCAGAUCCAGCUGUUCAACAGAGGCAGAUCUGUGGAGAUCCUCGACCAGGAAACAACACAGCUGGUAGUCGAUCACCGCCAGCUGAGGGAUCUCCUGAGCAGAGCCGUGGUUAAAACUGACGGUGCUGAGGUGGAGCCGCUGGAGAAGCUCUACGCUCAGCUGGCUCAGAGCAUCUACAGACACAGAGACAACUUCAACAAGACGGAGCUCAUUCAGGAAAUGAAGAAAGAAGUCGACAGCUUCUCUUGAUCUCUUAGCAGGUCUAUUUAAUGUAACCUCAGUGCAUUCAGGACGUUGUUUUGAUAUUUUAUCUCAGUGCCUCAACAUGUAUUCUUAUUUAUAAAAAAGAUUUACCCUUCUGACCAUGCUGUGUUAUUUAACUUUAAUUUAUCAGGAUGUAAACUUGAAUAAAAAGUGCUUUUUAGGCUGAAUUAUAA